GCAACAAAAUAUAUAUACAUCAUACGUUCAUUUAUUUAUUUCUCAUUGUUAUCUCAGAAUACUUUCUUUAUUCUGUUAUUUUGAUCCCUUUGGUCAGCAAAGUUGGUAAACCAAUCCAAAGCUUUUAUUGCUCUUCUUGGAGGCUGUUCAACAAAGACUUAGUGUAUAUCAUGGGAAGUAUUGCCAAGUUGAGUCGUAAUUCUUUCCCAGAUGGUUUCGUUUUUGGAUCUGCUUCAUCAGCUUACCAGUUCGAAGGUGAAACAAACAGGAGAGGCAAAGGGCCAAAUAUAUGGGACACCUUCAUCGAGGAGCAUCCAGAGAGGAUAAGUGACCACAGCAAUGCAAAGGUGGCAGUUGAUUUCUAUAAUCGCUAUAAGGAAGAUGUGCAAAGAAUGAGGGGAAUGGGAAUGGAUGCUUUCAGAUUCUCUAUUUCUUGGUCUAGGGUAUUACCACAUGGCAGACUAAGUGCUGGAAUAAACGAAGAAGGGAUCCAGUUUUACAACAAUCUCAUCGAUGAGCUCAUAAAAAACAAUAUACAACCUUAUGUAACUCUCUUUCACUGGGAUACUCCACAAGCAAUUGAAGACAAAUAUGGUGGUUUCUUAAGCUCUAAUAUUUUAAAUGAUUUCCGAGACUUCGUGGAGCUUUGCUUUCAAAAAUUUGGAGACCGAGUGAAGCACUGGAUCACUUUAAACGAGCCUUAUAUGUUCAGUGUCAAUGGUUAUGACACGGGCACAAUAGCACCUGGCAGACUUUCAACUUUGGAGAAUUAUCCAAGCCAACCCAAAAUCUCUGGUGUCACUGAGGUUUACAUAGUAACCCAUCAUCUACUGCUUGCUCAUGCAACAGCUGUGAAAGUAUACAAGGAAAAGUAUCAGACAUGUCAAGGAGGAAAAAUUGGGAUAACACUUGUUUCUUAUUGGUUUGAACCUUACUCAACUAGUGAAAGUGAUCGGAUGGCAACUAAACGAAGCCUUGAUUUUAUGCUUGGAUGGUACAUGGAUCCUCUAACUAAAGGUGACUAUCCACAGAAUAUGCACGACUACGUUGGAGGAAGAUUGCCUAGAUUCAGUGAGGAGGAAUCCAAGAUGCUGAGAGGAUCUUAUGACUUUAUUGGGGUCAAUUACUACACGACAUACUAUGCUCAGAAUGUUGAGGAUGUUAACUAUAAAAAUAUUGGGUUUAUGGAAGAUGCUCGUGUUAACUGGCCAGGGGAGAGAAAUGGAAUCCCAAUAGGCCCACAGGCGGGUUCAAGUUGGCUUUAUAUUUAUCCCGAAGGUAUUCGUCAUCUCUUGAAUUACAUAAAGGAUGCGUAUGAAAAUCCAACAAUAUAUAUCACUGAAAAUGGAGUUGAUGACGUGAAUUCCUCGUCAUUAGAGGAAGCCCUCAAUGAUGCCAUAAGAGAGCAAUAUUAUAAAGACAUUUUCCACAAUGUUCUGAGAUCUAUCAAUGACCAUGGUGUCGAUAUCAAGGGGUUUUUUGCUUGGUCAUUCUUGGAUGAUUUUGAAUGGGGAUCCGGUUAUAGUUCAAGGUUUGGUCUCUUCUACAUUGACUACGAAAACAACUUGAAACGAUAUGCCAAAAAUUCUGUGAAGUGGUUUAAGCAAUUUCUGAAGAAGGACGAAAGUACUCAACUCAACGAUAACAUAAAAUCAAAAUCUCGAAUGGAGGACGGAUCAGCUCGUAGCCGUAAGAAGUCGAGAAUUGAAUAAACAUUGGCAUGAAAUAUAAUAAGUGGUAUCAGAGCCUCCCACUGGGGCCUAAUUUGAAAAAGCAGCAGCUUUCAUUCUUGCCGCAACAAGAUAUUCAAUGGCUUCUGAAAACAACUUUGUGCAACCUGCGAUUCCACGCUUCGAUGGUCACUAUGAUCAUUGGAGUCUGUUGGUAGAAAAUUUUCUGCGAUCCAAGGAUACUGGACUCUCGUGGAAACUGGCAUCGCUGAGCCUGCUAGUGAGAUUGUUUUGAAAGAAGCGCAGAGAAAGACGUUGGAGGAUUAGAGAUUGAAGGAUUUGAAGACAAAGAACUAUUUGUUUCAAGCAAUAGAUCAUGCCAUUCUCAGAACCAUCCUAAAGAAGGACACUGUUAAAGACAUUUGGGAUUCGAUGAAGAAGAAGUACCAAGGCACUGCACGAGUGAAACGUGCACAAAUCCAAGUUCUUCGCAAAGAAUUUGAAAUUCUUCACAUGAAGGAAGGAGAGUCAGUUAAUGAUUACUUUGUAAGAACACUAUCAAUUGCAAACAAGAUGCGCAUUCAUGGAGAAAGUUUGGAAGAUAUUGCAGUCAUUGAGAAAAUUCUUCACUCAAUGACACACAAAUUUGACUAUUGGUGUGUGCCAUUGAAGAAUCGAAUGACAUAGAUAGUCUUUCGAUUGAUGUGUUGCAAAGCUCACUGUUAGUUCAUAAGCAGAGGAUGACCAGAUAUGUUGCAGAGGAGCCAGCCUUGAAGGUCACUACUCAUGAAGGAACUACUUCUCUAGAAAGAGGUAGAGGACAUGGGGGAUUUUGAGGAAGAGUCAGAGGAUGCCAACUUUCCUACAAUCAAGGAGCACAAUUUGAUAAGGCGAGUGUGGAAUGUUAUCAUUGUCAUAAGCUUGGCCACUAUCAGUAUGAAUGCCCUGACAAAGAGAAGGUAACCAAGGUAAAUUUUGCUGAGACUGAAGGAGAAAUGUUAUUGAUGGCUUACAUCGACAAGAAGGAGAAUUCAUCAGGGAUACAUGGUAUUUAGAUUCGGGUUGCAGCAAUCACAUGUGUGGAAACAAGUCGUUUUAUGAUUUGGAUGAAACAUUUAGAGAAAUUGUGAAGCUUGGGAACAACUCCUGCAUGUCUGUCAUGGGGAAAGGGGAUAUCAAAUUCCAUAUGAAAAACAACACUGUUUAGACAGUUGCUAGUGUGUUUUAUAUCCCAAAUUUGAAAAGCAACCUCAUUAGUAUGGGCCAACUGCAAGAGAGGGGUUAUAUCAUCAUCAUCAAACAAAGCUGGUGUCAAAUUCAUCAUCUAGAGAAGGGCCUAAUAGCAGAAGCAAAAAUGACAGCCAAUCGUAUGUUCCCUCUGCACAUUCAGUAUGACGCCCAGAAGUGUCUCUCAACAAGAAUGCAAGAUCCAACAUGGUUGUGGCAUCUUCGUUAUGGUCAUUUGAGUUUCAAAGGCUUGAAAACACUACAUGAAAAAAACAUGGUGGAAGGACUGCAGAAGAUUAAUUGUCCCACAGAAAUGUGUGAAGAUUGUAUUGUUAGUAAACAACAUCGUGAUUCUUUCCCGUAAUGAAAAGCAUGGAGAGCUGAGCAAAUCCUAUAGUUGGUUCAUUCAGACAUUUGUGGACCAGUCAAUCCAACAUCGAAUGGAAACAAAAGGUACUUCAUUACCUUCAUUGAUGAUUAUAGUCGAAAAACAUAGGUUUAUUUCUUGCAAG